ACAGGUGAAACGUCGGACGUUCCGUUCACCGCAAACGUCAAACGUAAAUUCAAAAUUCGAACUGCGUUCGACUCACGCGCAUUCACUUUUACUUUAUGUUACAUAAGUGUGUCACAAUAUAAUCUGUGUCUGUUCGGAUUUGUGUUUUUAUAGUGUCUUUUAUUUGGUUUGCAUCCGUUUCGGUUUUGCGGAUUGCGAAGGAUGAAAAAGUGAUUAUAAAAUUGUACAAUGUCGCCCGAGGAAGCGGGAGGCGUUAUCAACAAAGCCUUCGAGGGCUUGGACGAUGGCUUCCAAACCAUCGACCUGCGCUCGCGAAGAGAAGAUGGCACGCUUAGAUCGACGGACGGCAGGGAGUGGGGCGAGGAGCGCGAGCGUCGCUGCGGCUGGGGCAUCCUGCGGCCGGCGUGGCUGCAGAGAUUCCGCACCGCCAAGUGGGCGCUGUUCUGGCUGUGCUGGGCUGGCGCUAUACAGGGUAUGGUGGUGAACGGAUUUGUGAAUGUGGUGAUCACGACCAUCGAGAAGAGGUUCGGUCUUCGGUCCAUGCAGACUGGGGUCAUUGCAGGAGGGUACGACAUGGCCUCCUUCGUUUGCCUGGCGCCAGUUACCUACCUGGGGGGUAGGACCGCCGCCUCCAAGCCCCGCUGGCUGGGCUGGGGGGUGCUGGUCAUGGGUACAGGAUCCCUGCUCUUCGCACUGCCACACUUCCUAGUACCCCCCUACAAAAUAGCCGGGGAGGAACCUGACGACCUUUGCGUUGGCAAUGGGACAGUGUCCAGCUCCCUCGGCGACUCGUCUUCGGAGGGCGGUGCGUGGGCGGUGGGCAUCUUCGUGUUCGCGCAGCUCCUCCACGGCGCCGGCGCAACACCGCUCUUCACUCUCGGAGUCACAUUCAUAGACGAGAAUGUGUCUAAGAAGAUGUCUUCCGUUUAUUUGGGUGUGUACUACACGAUGGCGGUGGUGGGCCCAGCGCUGGGCUACGUGCUGGGCGGGCAAAUGCUCAAGAUUUACACCGACUUUGUCACCGUUAGUUCAGACUCACUAGGCAUCACCCCGGCGAGCUCUGCGUGGAUCGGCGCUUGGUGGGUUGGGUUCAUCCUCUCUGCAGGCCUGUGUCUGCUCGUGGCAAUACCGCUGUUAGCCUUCCCUUUCGAGCUGCCCGGCGCAGCAGAAAUCCGAGCAUCCAAAGUAUCAGAAGCACAUGAGAGUGCAGCAACAAAAUCCACCGCUUUCAGCGCUUUGCAUGAACUGCCUCGAGCGGCUGCAGCGCUGUUCCGAAACCCAACGUUCAUGUUCCUCAACUUGGCCGGAGCUAGUGAGGGCAUGCUCAUAUCGGGCUUCGCAGCUUUUCUGCCCAAACUUAUCGAGAAUCAGUUUGCUGUGAACGCGUCGCAAGCGGCUAUGCUGUUAGGUGUAAUAACAGUACCAGCGGGUGGAGGAGGAACCUUCCUAGGCGGUUGGCUGGUGAAGCGGUGGCGAUUAGCGUGUGCUGGUAUCAUCAAGCUGUGUGUGGCGGCCACGCUAAUCGCAGCGCUGUUCAGCCUUUCCUUCGUGCUCAGUUGUGAUGACUACCCCUACGCUGGUGUCACUACACCGUACAAUAGCCCUUCUGUGCCGAAUGCGGACAGACUGACCGCGGAUUGCAACGUAGCCUGUGGCUGCAGUGCGUCUCGGUUAACAGCAGUGUGCGGGGCUGAUGCGAAAGUGUACCCUUCUCCGUGCCACGCGGGGUGCGUGCGCGCGUUGCGGCGCGGUCCGCACACGCUCUACCAACAAUGCGCCUGUAUUAGUAGCGAGACUUUGCCCGUUUACUUUGAUGAAGAGAACAACGCAUCGCUCCCGUACUCAGCGAUCAACAGCGCUUGCAGCUCGGAGUGCCCGUACCUGUGGCUGUUCGUGUUCCUCUCCUUCUGCGUCAUGCUGUUCACCUUCCUCGCCACCAUGCCUGCUCUAUCCGCCACUUUAAGGUGUGUUCGUGAAGAGCAGCGCUCUUUCGCGCUGGGCAUCCAGUGGAUUCUGGUGCGGCUGCUGGGGACCAUUCCCGCGCCACUAAUCUUCGGUUUCCUCAUCGACCUGUCCUGUCGACUGUGGGCAAACGGCGCCUGUCAUCUUUACGAUAAUCUACAUAUGAGCAGGUACAUGCUCGCCCUAGCGCUAGUAGGCAAAUUUUGCUCCGUAUUAUUCUUCUUCCUCGCGUGGUGGUUCUACCGACCACCCGGUGGCAAUAACAACAAUGCAGUCGCACCGGAUGUCGACUUGACACACGAAAAGACCAACGGCAACGUUCCCAACGGGCCCAGCACCAUCACCAACGGCGCGUUGGAGCGGACCAACGGGACGACCAACGGGUAUUGUAACCAAGCUCUUGAAUGUAGUGAGCAUUUGUGAAUGAACUAUUCUUUUGUUUAAGUCUCUGUGAAUGAACUUGUAAAUUUUUAAGCCGUUUUGAUCACUAAAAUGACACGUUGGAAACAGCCAACGGGGACCAGCGAGGUGAUUCGCUCAGGUUGAAAUCUAUAGACCGCACUUUGACUUUGCUCAGACUUAAGACACUGUUAAAACGAGACAGCGCUAUACCGCUGGCAUAAGUCCGUCUCAUUUUAACUGAAAUUAAGUCUAAGCAAAGUCAAAGUACGCUCUACAGAUUUCAAUCUAAAUGAUAGUCAUCAAGCUCAUCUGACAUUGGUUGGUUCUACAUUGCUGCUUCACUGAGCGACAUUAAAAUAAUUUUCCGUAGAAAACCUUCGAUGGAUUAAAAAUAAUUGAUGUCAAAUGAGCUCGGUGGCUAUCAUUCAGUGUUCAUCACAGUUAGCGAAUCACUCCAACCAACGAUCCAACGCUCGAAGGUCCAUCCAACGGAUAUUGUAGCGUUGGGAUUGUAGGGAACAUAUUAUCUUGAGGACAAGUUUGUACCUAACGAUAUUUACGACUUUUCUGUACUUGAUACGGUAUCUGUUGAUAUUGUACCAAGAAAGAAACGAAUGUAGAAAUGGCAAUAAUUCCCUCUCAUUUACACACCAUAUCUGUGUAAGGUGUAUGAGUGAGACGGAAAGAUUAACGUCACGUCGUUUCUUUAGCACGAGUCAUCAGUAUUAGCAUGGGUUAAGUACAUUGACAGUUUACACGUUUCUGAUAUUGACUGUACAACUAAUUUUACCGAUAAAUACAAUUUGAUUAAUAUAAAGUAGUGAUUCUAAGAAUACAUAUUACCGUGUAGUAUCAAGUGAAAUGUUUGUUGUAACUUGUAAAUAUUAAGUACACGUAAGUACCAAUUUUUUUAUAAUUUGUUGAGUUGUUUUACACAUAAUGUAGGUAAAAUGUUAUGCGUAUUUAAUUUAAAGACUGAUUGUUCACUUAGUCAUAAAUAGGGUAAUGUGUUUUGUUAUUUUUAUAUAUUUAUAAUUUUUGUACAAUGUGGUACUGGU